AUGGUCGCCCCAAUUGACCUCUUGUGUGGUUGGCCCAACCCCGCGCUCCUCCCCGCUAAGGAUCUCCGCCACUCCGCCUCGACGGUUCUAUCUGAUCCCUCAAUUGCCAACCCAGCCCUGCUCUAUGGCCCUGAUGAAGGGUAUGAACCACUGCGCAUUCACAUAGCCUCAUGGCUGAACGCAUUCUAUCAGCCCCGGGAGCCCAUCUCCUCCCAGCGUAUUUGCAUCACCGGCGGGGCAAGUCAGAACCUCGCAUGCGUACUGCAAGUCUUCACAGACCCAGUCUACACGCGCAAUGUGUGGAUGGUUGCACCAACCUAUUUCCUGGCAGCCCGAAUCAUGGAUGAUGCUGGAUUCGCGGGGCGCCUACGCGGGGUGCCCGAGGAUGACGAGGGAAUUGACCUAGACUUCCUGGCACGGGAGCUACGCGCCGCAGAAGAAAGUGCCCUCCAAGCUGGAAAUACAGAGCCGAAGCUGAAACCACCGCGGCCCUGGCGCAAGAUUUACAAGCACGUCAUCUAUGCGGUACCAACGUUUGCGAAUCCCUCGGGGAUGAUCAUGUCGUUGCGCAGACGGGAGGCGCUGGUUCGUCUAGCCCGCCAAUACGAUGCGUUGAUUGUUACAGACGAUGUCUAUGACUUCCUUCAGUGGUCGAUUACCCCGGCCGACGUGGACUUCUUCGAGCGGGCAACGAAGCCCGAGGCGCAGUUGUCUGAACACGCAUACAUGCCGAGGCUCGUCGACGUAGACCGUUACCUAGAUGGAGGCCCGGUCGAUGACUGGGGACACUCAAUGAGUAACGGCAGCUUCAGUAAGCUGAUCGGCCCCGGGGCCCGCACAGGCUGGGCUGAGGCGUCUGAAAAGAUUGCCUAUGGACUAUCACAAACUGGUUCGUCUCGAUCGGGUGGCGCACCUUCACAUCUUUGCGCCGCCAUAAUAGACCAAAUGUUCCCCACAGAGAUACUUCAGAAGCAUAUCUACGACGUUCUUCAGCCGCAAUAUUCCUUGCGGUACGACCGAUUACUGUCAGCAAUCAAGGAGCACCUCGAGCCACUAGGUGUGACAGUUCCCCCACCAACCGCCGCAGCUGGAGGAUACUUCAUCUGGAUCACUUUACCAAGAGGCGUACGCGCCUCAGAUGUCGUGGAACGAGCGCAAACCGAGGAACAACUACGCCUAGCCGCAGGCGAUCUGUUUCAGAUUCCCGGUGAUCCUCAGGCUGGUACUUUCUCAGACCGUCUGCGUCUCUGCUUUGCGUGGGAAGAGUUGCGCCACCUAGACGAAGGUGUGCGUAGACUAGCGCGCGUCUUGAAGCGUAUUAUUUCGUAG